GAAAUGUGCAGUGAGUUAGGUCUGUCAGUCAGUGAAGGGUUAAACGGGGAGUUUGCAGCAGUCUCUCCUUUCUGUCCACGGCAUUUAGCGGAAAACAUCUGACUCCUGCUCGUUUUCCGAAAGCUGUGUUUGGUUUUACUCAUUUUCCGCCAGAGCCGCGGAGGCAUCACGGGAACAAAAAUCCCUGUUUCGACAGCAGGAUUUUAACAUUUUACUGCACGCUUUCAAACAGACAUAUCACAAGAACAGCAUGUGUGGGUGCUAAGAGUCCUCUGUUCGGUUGACCUCGCUGCCCCUGAACACGGAGCUGCCGCCUGCUUUACCCCUGACUGUCAACUUGUCCAGUUGAGGCUCACUCCACGCCAUGUCUGCAGAGGUGGAGAACAGCGUGCCGGUCCCUGCCGAUCACAGCAUCGCAUCCCCAUCUACAACCUCGGCCAACACUCCUCCAACCUCCCCUAUGACAGCCACAUCCAAGGUCCCCUUCAAGAAAGAUAAGAAGAAAGUCUCCGAGAAGACGGACGAGUACCUGCUGGGCAGGUUUCAAGGGGAUGGCGUCAGGUACAAGGCCAAACUGAUAGGUGUCGAUGAUGUCCCAGAGGCCAGAGGAGACAAGAUGUCGCAGGACUCCAUGAUGAAACUUAAGGGUAUGGCAGUAGCUGCUCGGUCCCAAGGCAAACACAAACAGAGGAUCUGGGUCAACAUUUCCAUGUCGGGCCUCAAGAUCAUUGAUGAGAAAUCGGGAGUGAUUGAACAUGAACAAGUGGUGAAUAAGAUCUCCUUCAUCGCCAGAGAUGUAACAGAUAACAGGGCGUUUGGAUAUGUAUGCGGAGUAGAAGGGCAGCAUCAGUUCUUCGCCAUAAAGACUGCACAACAGGCGGAGCCCCUGGUCAUUGAUCUGAAAGAUCUCUUCCAGGUCAUCUUCAACCUGAGGAAGAAGGAGGCAGAGGCCUCGCAGAAGGGUGAAAAUGGCACCGCUGUAGUUGAGAAUGGAAGCGGUGCCUUGCUAGGUGUGGAUGGUGACGUAAAAACUGCUCAACCAGUGGAGCAGUUUGACCUUUUUGGAGCCAUGUCGACCCCUCCAGACAUCCAGUCUCCAAAUGAAUCUAAUGAUAUUCUCUUGCUGGACUUUUCUGCUGAAGUUGACAGCAAUCAGAAUUGCAUAAAGGGAAACUCCUUUGUAACUUCCUGUGCCCCUGGCCGUAGGGCAUCUCCCCAGACAGAGAAUCCCUUUUCCUCAACAUUUGGCUACUUUCCAACCCCAGACAGUGACCCUUUCAGAGAUGACCCCCUUUCUAAAUCGCCCACUUGGUCGGAACCCGAUAAUUCACAGAUCUCCCCCGGCACCGCUAAUCACCUAAACAGCACUGCUGGCAACACUUGUAAGACAAUUAUUAACGGUGGUUUGAAUGAGGACUCCGAACACCUCAGUCAGCAGAUAGAUGGGUUAUCCAGUAAAACCAUGAUCCUCGCUCUCAGUAACGGACAGUGGCCACUAGGGGGCAAAAUAACUCAGAGCAACACAAUUACCAUGAUGGACGGGGAUGAAUCUGGAACCGUUCUCUCAAUCAAAAACCCAUUUUUUGACUCUAAUGGCAUAACUCAUCACCCGCAACCCCCAGUGACUAGCAAGGAUUCAGUUGUCAUAAGUCCGCCUCCGCAGAGCUCUAAGGCUGGACGAGGUCGAAGGAGUGCAAAGUCCACAGCAAGUGACUUGUUUGGAGGAGAGCUUUUUGCUGCUCCUGGUCACUCUGAAGGGUCAUCUGCCCCUGGGGACCUUUUCAACAGCACACCUGCUGGCCACUCCUAUCCCUCCUCCAUAGCUGCUCUGGGGAAUCUUCAGUUAGGACCUCCAGGUACCACAAGUAUCCCUGCUGCAGGCAUGUGGGGAGCUGCACCUUCCAUGUUCCCCAUGCCAGGAAUGACCGCUCCAGGCCCGAGGCCCAACUUUCCACAGCCAUCUGCCUUUGGUGGCCUUCCCAUACCACCCACAGCCUGGGGCCAGCAAAUGCCACCUCAGUUUAGUGUUGCACCCUUAUCCCCACCCCACCUGAGCUGGGGCCAGCCUCCACCAGCUGGGCCAGUUGGUGCUCCAGGUUGGGGUCAGCCCACCAUGACCAAUCCUUUCCAGCAUGGCUCGUUCCCUGCAAUGGGUGACCAGCAAGGUCCGUCACGACCCCCUCCUAGACCACCUGUUAAGGAGGCCCCUCCAAAGGUCGAGAACAGUGCCUUCACAUCUUUAGACCCCCUUGGAGAUAGAGAGAAGAAGAUUGGAAAGGACAUGUUCAAGGAUUUCCAGCUUGCCAAACCCCCUGCCAUCCCAGCGAGGAAAGGGGAGCUAGUGCCCAACUGCAACGAAACCGGGGCGUUCGAUCAGUACUUUAACAAUAAAGUGGGCCUGGCUCAGGAUAAUGCAGAUCAUGAUGACUUUGAUAUCAAUCAAAUUUCAAACGUUAACGAUGUUCCUAAACCGGCUGCAGCUCCAAGCUUUAACCCUGGCCUCCUCGAUGCCGCCUUCGCUCCUGCCCCGAUCGCAAACAAUUCAGCACCAGCGCAGGGACCCAGACAGGACAUGUUUGAUCAAGCGUUCGGGGCCCCAGAUUCUAGUCUGUUUGGAGCUCCGCCUGUAGCCAUGCAGACUGCUGUUGUUGGUCAGACUUCUGGUUCAACAGCGGCUUUUGGGGAUCCUUUUGGAAAUCCCUUUGCUUGACCAUAACUUUGUCCAUAAUUGAAAUGGAGCAAUCUUCACAAUAAAUAACAUCUUUGGGACAAGCUGCUACAACGUGCGCAAGACAAUCCAAAUGAUGAACUUUUCUUACUUUUGUCCCGGACCCACCCUUCUUUUACACCUCGACCUCUAAUGUUGUUGUUUUUUCUAUCCAAUCAGUAGUUCCCUUAUUUGUAAAGACCACUGAUCUAAGAAAGAAAUGUUAUGUCCUGAUCUGCUGAAGAAAGAAACGUGGUGUGUGAGAGAAGGCCCGUCCAAAGAAGUUCACUGCUGAUGCUGUCUGUAUUAAAGAAAUAAAAUAAUUCAAUCAUAAUGCUGCAACGUGUUGACCAGUCCAUUGCUUUCUUCAGACUGAGUUAGUAAAGCAAAGUUGCAAUCCAGUGGAGGGUCGACAGUCAAACUGAUAUAAUAAAUGUUUCUAUGUGUCUAUGAUAACUAAAUUCUAUAUUAUUAAACAAUAUAUAAAAAGCCA